AUGCCAGCCCCAAUCCCCGGCUUUCUCCUCCCGCGAGGCCCGCCCUCAGCGUUGACCCUACGCGCCCUCCAACGCCAAAGUGCGCGACGCAGCUUCACCUCGACCAGCGCCGCAUUGAAGAAAGCCACUUCCAAGCCCCGCGUCCUCGCAAAGCCCGACAGAUUCCGCCCACCCUCGCAUCCCCAGCGCCUCGUGACUCCAUCUCCGAAGAGCGCACCCCCAGGCCAACCAUUCGAGUAUGGCCCGCGCACGACGGAGAAAGAGCGCGUGCAACAGAGCAAGACGCAGUACCCGGGAAUGUUUCCGCCGGAGGGGACAGUGAUGUUUAAGUUCCUGACGAGCAAGUGGAUUCACAUUUGGAUUGCAUUGAGCGUCCUAAUCUCCUGCGCCGGGUUCACCUUCACAACAAACUUCAAAGCAACUUCUCCAUUCGCACACCUGCUACCGUCAUGGUCGAGUCUGUUGACGUCUCCCUUCGCCACGGUCUCGCAGGCAUUAUCUGUGUGGCGCAUGCAUGUGGAGCACAACUCCAUGCGCGUGCGAGAGCAGCGACACCGCCGUGUUGAGGAUGCGGAGAAGAGGAAGCAGUACCGUGUUGCGCAUGGGCUUGAGGAGGCGCAGCCUGAGAAGAAGGAUGAGGGUGAUAAGGAGGUCGAUUCACAGUCGCCCGUUGCUGUUCCUGCUGCUGAGGUUGCUGGAGGUCAGGAGUUUGUUGAUUGGGAGGGCAAUAAGAAGCCCGUUAAGAAGUGGUUUGGAAUUUGGUGA